UCGGACUGAUGGACGUCAGAUGAUUGUUUGCGACGUGCAAAGCCAGAGCUCGAGCACUGUUCCCUAGCCUACGACUUCGCGUUAUAUUCGUGGCCAUCGUUCUGGCGAAGGCGUUCUCCAGCGUCUACCUUACAUCAGUCGCAGUGCUGCUGAUGAUGUCCUGGUCAUUCUGUGUGUUCGAAAGAUGACCUGAUACGGACAUCCGACCUUAUGAACGUCAGCUGUAAAGAGUGCCUGAUGUCCGCCGCACAGCCAUGCCCAGCUGCGGAGAUCGCGUUUGCAAUUGUCCGGAAAUAUGAGGUACAAGUACCAACUUGAAGCCGUGGUUGAUGUCUCCUCAGCCAUCGCAACAAAUAUAUCUCUUCUCCCAUUCUAGUGUUUGCCAAUCGUCAACUACGCGCUUCUAAUCGGGCAGACAUCAUGAGGUUGUCCACCAUAUACUCCGUGUUCCUUACAGUCCUAGCGAUAGGCGUGGGUGCUAGUCCCGUUCUGAUAUCAUCAUCCGUCGAAGUUAUUGGCACCGAUGUCCCUCAUGAGUUCAAUCCAAGAGCCGCCCCUGCCGACCCAGCCCCGAUUGCAAAAGCCCCCGCUGUAAAAGCCCCCGCUGCUGUUGUGCCAUCAAAGACGAAACGUUACGAGGAAGCGGUUGCAGCUGCUGCAAAGGCAAACAAACAACUCGUGCCCGGCAACUGGUACGUCUUCACUCUCGAGUGGGACCUUCCUGCAGCCGUAGAAGGCACCUUCGAGAGCAAGACCGAACUCCAGAAACUUCAGCAAAAGUUGGGAUUCGAACACGUCGCAGUUGCCGCCGGUCAGAUAAUCGAGAAAAAGACGGGGAGGGGCAAAAAUGAAAAAAUUGAUCUGGACUUCGAUGCGUACUUCAUGGACCUGAUGAAAGAUGAGGACGUCGUCACGAGCAUCUUGCGUGGCCCAAAGCGCAUUGAUCCUAAUACACCAUUGAAGAAAGGGCAGACCUUGGUGUGGUCAAAGCAAACAACCGCCGCGAAGGGAGCUUUAUCAAACAUGUCGAAAGUGGGAAAAGCAUACUUCCAGGAGGCCGGACACCAGAAGUACGACGUUGACAGUAACAACUGUGCCACCUUCCGAGACGCGGUCCUUCCAAAAUUCUGAUAGUUUACAUCAACGGACAGACAUAACGCUCAAGGUCAUUAGAAGCGUGAAUGGUCCCGUGCAGUCUAGUGCAUAGCGGUCAAUAGAAGCAGGUCUUCUUGUUACUUUUUUUUACAAUUUUUAGAGAUGGAGGGUAAGCUACAGAUGUUAUGUAGUCGUUAUUUGUUGCAGUGUAUAUAACCUUCAGGACCCUGGAGUCAGGAAGGUUGGCCUUUUUGUAUGCGAUAUUAUUUCAUAUAGCAUA